AUGGACAUUGGCUUUGAGGUGGUGGAGUGCAAUCUGAUACAAAGUGGUGCAUUCCCACUUGAAGAUAAAGCUUGUUAUGAGCUUCCAGACACAGCGUACAUGUCCAUGGACGCCGCACAGCCGAGUGAAAUCUACUUGGUAUCGGACUUCACUAUCCAAGUGGCGUGUGAAACACCCCUUCCAUCACCCGGGGCUUCACCUGCAGAUGUAUCGAUCGGCUCGACAGCUGCGACUGAUCCUGUGGAUUUCUCUAGUAACGCGCGCGCAGCGUAUGAGGCUUAUAUGUCUACCUACCUUGCUGAUUCCGAGACGGCAAGUUUACUUGACGAAGCAGCAUUUGCUAGUAGCGCGCGUGCAGCGUAUGAGUCUUAUACGGCUACUUACGUUGCCGCUACCACAGCUGCGGGCGCCCGUGAUGAAACAGCAUUGUCCAGUAGUGUACGAGCAGCGUAUGAGAACUAUACGUCCUCCUACACCAAUGCUGAGACUGGUACAGGCACGGCCGGUAUAGAGGCGGUUGCGACUGAUAGUGUUGCGCCCACUACGAGUAGUGAUGCGGGGACAGACGAAUCUACAGCCACUACUACUGUUGCAGCAGCAAGAGAGACAGAAUCUGUCACCGCGUCUGUGGGGGGGGCACGUCGAGAGGCUUCGGGGGUUAACGCAAGGGCACGUCGUCAAGAGCCGACAGUAGUGUCCCUGAUGGGUAAGUGUGUUGUGCUGGACCACACACAGCUCCCAUUCGAAUGUCCAAAGCGCAGUGAAACCAUUGUGGUCGACUGGGAGAUAGAAAACUAUGUAGUGAUUGGGGGCUACAAGUACGCUUCAAUCCAAGACGACCCCGUAGAUGAGAGGAAUGCCACAGACUGGGAUUGUACAGUGGCGGAUGGUGCCAUUAUGCCAGAUGGCUGGGAAAUCGCACCGUUGGAUUGGCGCUCUCAGAUCGCCAUGCAGAUGAGAGGAUUCGGCGGUGAGCAUGUGAUCCUUGCGAAUUACAAGGCGUUUUCAACACUUACCAAAUUUGAAGAUAUUCUGCCGUUUGAUGGCGCAAUAGAACACUACGACGAUGAAACAAGGUAA